AAAAGAAAAAUCUGCUUGGCUACGGUCACCACCACAAAACUAACCGUCAAAAGAACCGAUAAAUCUAAAAGCAGCUUUCUCCACUCUCCCUAUUCCUAACGCUAACGACGCUGAAAUACAGAAUCAGAAAUAAGAAUGCUUUUGCUGCCGCCCACCCUCCCCGUGCGAUUCCCUUCCAUCCAACUAUCUUCACCGAUCAUUCGCCUCCACUUCAGCCACCACACAUCCCUCUGCACGUCUGCCGCCGCCGCCGAAACCUCCAUCACUCUCUCAUUUGAUAAAGAGAGAGAUAGAGACAGGUACGGUGAUGAAAAUGACGACGAAAACGAUGUUCUUUCUCUUCACAAGCGCCGUUACGACUUCACUCCGUUACUCAAUUACCUCUCCCGCUCCAACUCGGCGUCUGACUUGGACUCCGACUCUGCCUCGCCCACUUCACUCGACCCUAUUGAAUUCCAGUUGGCCGAGUCAUAUCGCGCAGUACCUGCUCCACUCUGGCACUCCCUAUUGAAAUCUCUAUGUGCCUCUUCUUCUUCGUCCUCCUCCUCUUCUAUCAACUUAGCAUACGCUGUCGUUUCGUGGCUUCAGAGACACAACCUUUGUUUCUCCUACGAGCUUCUCUACUCGAUUCUAAUCCACGCGCUUGGUCGUUCCGAGAAGCUGUACGAAGCGUUUUUGCUCUCUCAGAGGCAGAGCCUUACUCCCUUAACAUAUAACGCCUUAAUCAACGCGUGUGCCCGCAACGACGAUCUCGAGAAGGCUCUUAAUCUUAUGUCAAGAAUGCGUCAAGAUGGUUACCAAUCUGAUUUCGUGAAUUACAGCUUGAUAAUUCAAUCGCUUACCAGGAACAACAAGAUUGAUUCAUCUCUUCUACAGAAGCUUUAUGGAGAAAUUGAGUGUGAUAGAAUUGAGGUCGAUGGGCAGCUUUUGAAUGAUAUAAUCGUUGGUUUCGCCAAAGCGAAUGAUCCAAGCCGGGCUCUAAAGUUUUUAGCUAUGGCGCAAGCAAUUGGGUUGAGCCCGAAAACGGCUACUCUUGUGGCGGUCAUUUAUUCCUUAGGUUGUUGUGGGAGGAUUGCGGAGGCUGAAGCUGUUUUUGAGGAAAUGAAAGGAAGUGGACUGAAGCCUAGAACCAGAGCUUAUAAUGCGCUUCUUAAAGGGUAUGUGAAAUCAGGUUCUUUGAAAGAUGCAGAAUUAGUUGUAUCCGAGAUGGAGAGAAGUGGGGUUUCUCCUGAUGAGCAUACAUAUAGUCUUUUAAUUGAUGCUUAUUCCAAUGCCGGUAGAUGGGAGAGUGCAAGAAUUGUAUUGAAAGAGAUGGAAGCCAAUAAUGUGAAGCCGAAUUCUUUUGUUUAUAGUAGGAUUUUAGCAAGUUAUCGAAACAAAGGAGAGUGGCAAAGAUCUUUUCAGGUUUUGAAGGAAAUGAAGAGUAAUGGGAUACAACCCGAUAGGCAUUUUUAUAAUGUGAUGAUUGAUACUUUUGGGAAGUAUAACUGUCUUGAUCAUGCCAUGGCCACCUUUGAUCGUAUGUUGUCAGAGGGGAUCGAGCCAGAUACUGUUACUUGGAAUACGCUAAUAGAUUGCCAUUGUAAAGCAGGGUGGCAUGAUAGAGCGGAGCAAUUGUUUGAGGAAAUGAAAGAAAAAGGGUAUUCACCAUGUACAACUACUUAUAAUAUUAUGAUAAAUUCAUUAGGAGAGCAGGAGAGAUGGGACGACGUUAAGAGCUUGUUGGGGAAGAUGCAGGGUGAAGGUUUGUUGCCUAAUAUUGUGACAUAUACCACACUUGUAGAUAUUUAUGGAAAGUCUGGAAGGUUCAGUGAUGCCAUAGAGUGCUUGGAGCUCAUGAAGUCUGCUGGAUUAAAACCUUCCUCAACCAUGUAUAAUGCCUUGAUAAAUGCAUAUGCACAAAGGGGUUUAUCUGAGCAAGCAAUGAACGCAUUGAGGGUUAUGGGAGCAGAUGGCUUGAAGCCUAAUCUCUUGGCUCUCAAUUCAUUGAUAAAUGCUUUUGGUGAGGAUAGAAGGGAUGUUGAGGCAUUUGCUGUGUUGCAAUACAUGAAGGAAAACGGUGUGAAACCAGACGUUGUGACAUAUACCACACUUAUGAAAGCUCUUAUCCGUGUUGACAAGUUUCAUAAGGUCCCAGCUGUAUAUGAAGAGAUGAUUUUGUCCGGUUGCACUCCUGAUAGGAAAGCUAGGGCAAUGUUGCGGUCUGCUCUGAGAUACAUGAAGCAGGCAGUGAAGUCAUAGUUGACAAUCCAUAAUCCAUAUGGCUAAAGCAAGUCAUGACUGAACAAAUUGUUGUUUGAGUUAUCAGUUUGAGGAACCAUCAAUUCAUGCUGCCAUGCUGGCCAGGGUCAUCCUUGUGUGACUCAGUGGAGUGGUUGAACCCCACGAGUUGUAUUCUGGAGCUUGGAAUGAGGAACAUUUACCAUACAUUAGGACUAUUAUACAUAUGACAUGAUGACACCUCCCCCCCUUCUCUUCUUCCCUUUGCAUUUUUGUUGAACAUUUUUUUCACCAUCUCAAAAUAGAAACAAUAUGAUUGAUUGCCUGUAUCUUGUGUAUUAUAUAUAACAAAACAAGAAACAUUCUAUAGAAAAAAAACAACAUUCAAAAUGUACUUUAACCUCUGCUGUUUUAUCUAUAGAAAUAAUAUUUGUUGCAAUCCGACUUCGGGAUGCCUGCA